CUUUUUUUUUUUUUUUUGUCUCUUUUUCGUUGUUGGUUCCUCCUUUUCCUUUAUCCUCCAUCCACUCUAAUAUUCUUUCCUCUGAUCUCUUUCUGAUAAUCCUUUCCUUUGUUCAUAUUCUCCCUUUCUGCUUCUUAUUUAUUUUCUUUCACCUUUUCCUUUCAAGAUCGAGAGAAAAAAAAGAAUGGCAGAGGAGCAUAGAUGCCAAGCGCCAGAAGGCCAUCGUCUUUGCGUCAAUAACUGCGGCUUUUUCGGAAGUUCGGCGACGAUGAACCUUUGCUCCAAAUGUUACAGAGAUCUCUGUCUCAAGGAACAGGAAGCUUCUUCGAUCAAAUCCGCUCUUUCCUCUUCCCCUUCGUCUUCGUCAACGGUCGUCGAAUCUAUUUCUCAGGUUCCUCUUUUGGCUCUCGCUGAAGUCAACAGAGAAUCGGCGGUUCCGGAGAUUGCACCGGCGGCCGAACAGCUAUCGCAGCAACAACCGAAUCGGUGCAUGGUUUGCAGGAAGCGGGUCGGGUUGACCGGAUUCAGAUGCAAGUGCGGUGUUACGUUUUGCGGGUCCCACAGGUACCCUGAGAAUCACGGGUGUACGUUCGAUUUCAAGAAGGUCGGCAGAGAGGAGAUCGCACGCGCUAAUCCCCUCGUCAAAGCAGAGAAGCUCGAGAAGAUUUGAGUAGAAGAUGAUGAUGAUGGGAAGCCAAGCCAUUGGGAAAUUUUCAAAUUUCAUCGAACUUUGAUAAGAUCGAGACACGUGCUUCGGUUGUGGGCCGCACCACGAAGAGUAAACCAAUUGGGCUGGAUAAAUAUAUUUUCUUCUUAAAAUAUAAAUAUUUUAUAAUAAUAUUUAAAUUAUGUGCCUCUUUAGUUUUUUUUUUUUUCCUCUUCCUCUUUUGCUUUGUAAAAAAAAGAAGUCACUUUUUCUUUUCUUCUUUUAAUCCCUAGUGGUGAAAAAAAGAAAAAGAAAUGUAGAUUCCUGCUUCUUCCAUUUGAAGUUUUUAUUUAUAUUUUCAAGUAAUAGUGUGUAAAUGUGCUGGCAGCGGCCGAUCAUGAAAAGCCAUGAAAGCCAUUUCCUUAAAUGUAGUUGUUUUUAUUGGAGUGGUCCUUCUUUAUUAUCUUUUGAAAAAGAAAAUGACAACUUCUGUCCCUUCCAUUUUGUUUUUA